GAAGAAGAGAAGAGAAGAGUAACCGUACAUGACAUCUUCCAUCCUUUCUCUCUCUCGCUCUCUCUCCACGGAUAACCACGUGUGGUCUUUCUGAGCUGUGCUGUCAUCUAUAUAAUCACAACAAAUGUGUUCCCCACUUGGUUUUGUAUGAAAAAUUUGCAGAAGAAAAAGAAACGCUCUUCUCUCUCUUUCUCAAUCUCAAUCUCAAAUCAACUCUUCCACAGUCUCAGUUGCUGCUACAUUCCCAUUAAUGGGAGAAGCAAAAUUAAUCCAGGAGAUGGUUUAUCAAACCAACUUUUCAUUACAAAACAAUCAACAACCUACAAACCUUGUUCAAAUUUUUUCAACAGACAAACUUUCUAAGAAACAAACCCAAGUCGACAAUUCCAAGAGACCCCUACACCCAGAACUAGACCUCAAUCUCAGGCUCUCACUUGGUGGAAUUUACAGUGGAAACAACAAAGAAAAGCCUUUAACUAGAUCCUCUUCCAUACCAGGAGUGGUGACCCUUAAGAAGAUCAAUUCCAGUGAGUUGGAAAAGUCGUUGCCAAAAGGUUUUCUUUCAUUGGCAAGGUCUUGUUCAUUGCCUUCAGAAGUGGAAAGGAGUAGGAAGCUGGUGAAUGUGAAGAAGCUAAGGAUAAUGAGGAGAGUUGAGGCCAAGAAAAGGGUUGUGGUGAGGCAGAGGAAUGCCAACAAAGCUAGCGACAAAGAGAAGUUGAUAAUGGAGGGACCACCAUCUUCACCUACUAAAAUUCCUGCUUGGGCUGCAGCUUCUGCAGCUAAAAGUCCUGCACUAAACAGGGCCAUUGAUAAGAUAAAGGAAGGUUUCAGAAAUUUGGAAGGACUAGAAGACAACGGUACUCAUAAGGGUCCAAGCGACUCCAAACAAUCCUUCAAGCCAGUAAAGGCAGAACCGGUGAUCUUUUCUGAUAGAACAUCUAGUGGAAAAUCUGUCAAGCUCAAGCCUGAUGAAACUAAGUCUGAGAAUCCAACCAAGAAGGCUAAACUUUCAAAUGGUUAUUACAUUCAAGAUGAUGGGAUGGAUGUGAUGAAAAAAAUGCCUAGUGUAACUACCACUGGAGAUGGUCCCAAUGGGAGGAAAAUAGAAGGCUUUCUAUACAAAUACAUGAAAGGACAGGUGAGUAUAGUUUGUGUUUGCCAUGGCAACUUUCUUUCCCCGGAAGAAUUUGUGAAGCAUGCCGGCGGCAAGGAUGUUACAAACCCCAUGAAGCAUAUCAACGUUUGCUCAACCUCUUUUUCCUACUGAGAUCAUUGGUGGUGGCUUUUUUUCACCACCCUCCUUGAGAUAGGAACCAAAACUUUUUGAGAAGCUAGCCCUUUGUUUUUCUUCUUGUUCUUGCCAGUCUUUGGUUUGAAGAAAAGGAAAAUAAGCUUUACUUUUCUUCUCCUUGUUUAAGGACUCGAGUAAUAAGUUUCUUGGUAUGGAAGUGUAGGCAGCUUUAUUCAUAUUGGCUUGGCAAUAAGUAGCAUAGCUUUGGGCCGAUACAUAGACUUGAAA